CCGCAAAACGAUUUCCAUCGCCUUUUCACUCGAGGUGGGCGCCCAGUAGCCACCGAACACCGUUUUUAUUUUGGUUUUUGAAAGGGAUUCAGUCGAAGAAAUAUCGAGGAAUCACCGAAUUUAUCAACCAAAAAAAUUUUUUUUUUCGAUUUUUUGUUGGGGUUUUUCGUCAGUGUUUUUAUAGUGCUUUUUCUAGUGUUUUUUGGUGAUUUUACGGUACCAUCAUGCCCGCUAACAUUGAAGAUGUGACUCUUGAAGAUGGAGAGGUAUACAGUGAUACUUUAGGAUCAUCGGAAGACGAAGAAACAGCCUUUCUAUCGAAAAAACUCAACCAUUUAGCCUCCAACAUCGAUGACAAACCCGCCACUUUUGAAAGCACCUCCACCAAAAAAGACCACGAAACCUUCUUCCGAAGAUGCCUCGACAUCCUCUUGCAAGAAGCCGUCUUUGAAGGCACCUCCCGCAAGAACAAGGUCCUCGAGUUCCGCCAGCCCGAACAGCUAAUGAGUGAGUUCGAUUUCCAAGUGAACCCCGACGGAGAAACUCACGAGGAACUCAUUCAGCACCUGAGAAACGUUAUAAAAUACUCGGUGAAAACUGGACAUCCUUAUUUCGUCAAUCAGCUGUUCUCUGCUAUAGAUCCCUAUGGUUUGGUCGGUCAGAUACUGACAGAUGCCUUGAAUCCCAGUGCCUACACGUAUGAAGUUGCUCCGGUGGUUAUUUUGAUGGAAGAAACUGUGUUGAAGGAGAUGAGACAGGUUGUGGGAUGGAAAAAUGGAGAGGGUGAUGGGAUUUUUUGUCCUGGAGGGUCGAUAGCCAAUGGAUAUGCUAUUAGUUGUGCCAGGCACUAUUUCUAUCCAGAAGUUAAGACCAAAGGACUUCAUGGCAUGAAAAAACUGGCUGUUUUCACCUCAGAAGACGCUCACUACUCUAUAAAGAAACUAGCCUCGUUUUUAGGACUGGGUACUGAAAACGUCCAUCUAGUUAAAACAGACUCCAUAGGGAAAAUGGACCCAGAACACUUAGAACAGCUCAUCAAAAAAUCUAUUGAUGAUGGUAGUGCUCCGUUUAUUGUAUCGGCCACUGCGGGUACCACAGUAUUGGGAGCCUUUGACCCUAUAGAAAAACUGGCAGAUAUCUGUGAGAAAUACAAGCUGUGGCUUCACGUGGAUGCAGCAUGGGGUGGAGGAGCCUUAGUCUCGAAGAAGCAUAGGAAACUCCUUAAAGGAAUUGAAAGAGCUGACUCAGUGACAUGGAAUCCCCACAAACUGCUCACAGCACCUCAGCAAUGUUCUACGUUCCUCGUGAAGCACGAAAAAGUUCUUUCAGAAGCACAUUCAGCAAAUGCAGCAUAUUUGUUCCAAAAAGACAAGUUCUACGAUACAAAAUAUGAUACAGGUGACAAGCAUAUACAGUGUGGCAGAAGAGCCGAUGUCCUCAAGUUCUGGUACAUGUGGAAGGCUAAAGGAACGAAAGGAUUUGAAAACCACAUAGACAAAACCUUCGACAACGCAAACCACUUCCUCAACAUCAUAAAAGAACGACCUGGCUUUGAACUGGUACUACCCGAACCCGAAUGCACCAACAUCUGCUUCUGGUACGUACCACCAAGCCUCAGAACCUACCAGAAAGAAAACUUCAACUCCACUGUACAAAACGAUGAAGAAUUCAAGCUGAAACUUCAUUCAGUAGCACCCAAAAUUAAGGAAAGAAUGAUGAAGGAAGGUACCAUGAUGGUAACGUACCAAACCCACAAAAGCAAGCCCAAUUUCUUCAGGAUAGUGUUCCAAAGUUCGGGGUUGGAUAGAAAUGAUAUGCUCCAUCUUGUUAGAGAGUUUGAAAGAUUGGGUGAGGAUCUUUGAAGUUAAAAAAAGGGUAUUUUAGACAAGUUUUUUUUCUCUAAAAUAUUGAAAAUUGUUGGUUCUGAUUUGGUAGAAGAAAUGUAUACCCAGAAAUUUGUUAAAAAUAUCACGCAUCACACAUUGUAUGUUUUAUCAUAGAUACAAAAAGUGGUAGGUAUAUAAAUUUGACUGUUAAACCAAAAAGUAUUGGAUAUACAACACUAAAAAAUUUUAAUUACUAUUUUUAUAACUGUAUUCUGUGCUUGAAGUGCCUAAGAUACAAAAAAAAACGGCGUCCAGUUGGCUUGGAAAUGAAUAUCGAUGACA